AAAAAUGAUGCUAUGUUAAAAAUAUUGCUGGAUUAAGUUAAAUGAAGUAUACAAAUGUCUACAUUACCUUUUGAAUUAUUGCAUAUUAUAAACUGAAUUCAAUAUUGAAGUUAUGAAACAACUUAACUGCAAUCGAAAAUAUCAUUGAACACUCCGGCUGUAAAACUUGAAAUAUCAAAGCCAUGUUAAGUUUAACGCUCAUACAAGCUGUUUGGAUUGGAAUUACUAUGAUGAGCUUUUCAGGAUUUCAUGUCGCUAUAGUUGGAGCAGCACCAACUGAUGAUGAAUUCAAACAACUCUCAAGAGAUCUUAAAGAUCAGGCCACUAAAAUAUCUGCUUUGGAGAGAAACGUCAUCAAACUGGAAAUUCUCCUUGAACAAUUGAGCAUAAAAUGUAGUAAAAAAUGUAGAGUAAAGAAAGUGAAAGGCCCAAUUGGACCCCCUGGAACAAAAGGUGACCAAGGACCAAAAGGCGACAAAGGACUGAAUGGAACGACAGGUCCACAAGGGCCGGAAGGCGCAAAAGGUGAUCCAGGGCUCACUGGUCCAAAAGGUGACAAAUGCCCCCCUGGUGCAACAGGUCCACAUGGGCCAAAAGGUGCAACAGGUCCACAAGGGCUGAAAGGUGCAAAAGGGGACAAGGGCCCUACUGGUGUAACAGGUACACACGGGCCGAAAGGUGCAACAGGUACACAAGGGCCAAAAGGUGAGCGAGGACCUACUGGCCCAAAAGGUGACCAUGGGCCUACCGGUGCAACAGCUCAAAAAGGUGCAAAAGGUGACCAAGGCCCUAUUGGGGCGACAGGUCCACAAGGACCGAAAGGUGACAAAGGGCAUACCGGGGCACCGGGUUCAAAAGGGCAAAAAGGUGACCGAGGGCCGACUGGGGCAACGGGAAGCAUUGGUCCGAAAGGGCAAAAAGGUGCAAAAGGUGACCGAGGUCCUACUGGGGCAACUGGUAGAACGGGUAACACAGGUCCACAAGGGCAAAAAGGUCAGAAGGGUGAACAAGGGAACAGUGCGGACAGUUGCCAAUGGACAGGUUGGACGGCAUGGAGUACUGGCGCUUGUUCUAGAACUUGUGGCAAUGGAACGCGUUCGGAAACAAGAACCAGAAGAUACACUCAUUGUGUAUCUGGUACAGCUACAGAAACAAGGACCAUGCCGUGUUUUAUAGAAGAAUGUAAAUACUGUGAGUGGAGCAGUUGGGGUAAUUGGAUUAUUUACGGACCGUGUAACCCCUCUAUCUGUAUUCAGCCUAUACAUAGAGAACGUACUGAAGUAAUCUCCACGACGGGCAGCUCACCUGUGUGUCCGGGUUUUGACACUGAAACUAAGCAUGUUAGUUGCGAUGAGGCUUACUUUAUAUAUGAUGAAGAAUAUGAUCCGGGUGUUCCAUUUUAUGGCGAUGACUACGAUUUAAUAAAGCAUUGUUACCCCGGGGGUCUUCCUUUCAAAAAAUAG